AUGGUUAUAAAGAAGUGCAACAUCUGUGACCGUCGCUUCAAAAAGACAGAGCAUUUCAAGCGCCAUGAACGGUCCCAUACUAAAGAAAAGCCCUACGAAUGCAAUGUCUGCCAUAAACGGUUCUCUCGAAGCGAUGUUCUAAGCCGGCAUGCUAAGGGCCAUAACGGUCCAGCUGCGCACACGACCACCAAGGCACUCAACCAACAGCCCUCCGCGGCAUCUGCCCAGGACUUCCACUAUCAACCGUCCAAUAUCCCUGAAAAUGGUCAACAAUUCUUUCCUAAUGUGGAUGCCGGCGUUUAUUCUACUUCAAUUCAAACGCAAGCGGUAGAGCCUCGCGACAUGCCCAUCGCUGCAGCAGCAGGUCUCCCAUCAUCCCUGGACUUUUUGGCGGACGUCUCGUCUCAGCAUGCGCGCACCGAGCCUGAUGCCAAUUCAAUGCUCGUGGUUGGCCAACAAACGUAUUUCGAGGAACCAACGGUAUACCAACCGUCCUACAGAGGGCCUGUGUUUGAUCCUAUGCCAAACGAAUCACUUCAGCUAUGGUUGAAUCCUUCUGACGCAACUUCAUAUCCUGGUUCUUUGGAUUUUGGACAUGACUCUAACAUUGGUCUGAUUGAGGAGAACGUGGGUACCUCCGCAACACAGCGCCCCGAACGACAUGAUGGACCCUCCACUGAUAUAGGCGAUACAAAAGCCGGUGCAGCUAUUCCAAAUGACAGAUUUGCCAAAGUUCAGAACUGUUGGUUAGGUCCAUCGAAUAGCACCGGGCGCCUUAUCAAUGAUAUCUGGCGGGAUGUGGCGUACGGCAGCAUAGAUAAUAUUUUUGCGGUGCGCCCUGGGCAAUCGCCAAGCAGUCCGCCAGUCUUGCUGCAGAAGUCAAGGUACGGUCUUGAUGAGGACUGCAGAAGACACCUGCAUGCCACGUUCGGAUAUAUGCGACUCUACAGCCAACGAAAUCGUACUUCCAACGCUCCUCCAGCUUACGACUCGGCACUGGUCGCCCUUGCUCAGUUUCCUCCCGCUGAAAUUUUAGACAUGGCACUUGACCUAUAUUUUCGCAUCUUUCAUCCGCUCGUGCCCUUUAUCCAUCUCCCGACCUUUUCCGCCAAAAACACCAGUCCUUCGGUACUCUAUGUCAUGUGCCUAAUUGGGAUGACUCUCCUAGGAACACAGGGUACAGCUUCUUUCGUCUCCAAGAAUUUCACUUUCGUCCUGGAGAAACUCACAGCUGAGUUGGCCAUGUGUGCUGCUGACACUGAAAGCUCGGGAAACACUAUGUCGGCAUUUGGAGCCUCCGUUCUUUUUCUAAAUUUAGCUGCUCUGACUGGGGAGAAGGGCCAUAUCGAGAAAAGCCAGAUGCUCUACGUCAACCUCAUAUCGGUCGCACAAAGGCACGGUUUGUUUUCGGCUACCGAAGGCCAAUUGCUCGACAAAAGUAUGUUUGAAAGUAUUACAGACAAUGUUCUGAGAUGGAAAGCCUGGAGCAAAGUAGAAUCUGUUAAACGAUUAAUUAUUGCACUACUCGUUCUAGAUGCCUGGCUAUCAUCAUUCCUGUCCACCAGCCCCAUCAUCGUCUCCGAUACUAUUCAGCUCAUUUUACCAUGCAGUGAAGUGCUCUUUGAAGCCAAGAGUUCAGCGCAGUGGGUACAGUUGAUUCGUGGGGGGCAGUGCAUGUUAAUGCCCACUGUGCUGUCUCCAUCAGAAAAUGUAGAGAUCGCAUCACUGGACAGCCAUGUCGAUAAUCUUGGCAUGCAUGCAGUAUUAUCAAUGGUGCAGCUGAAGCUUUCAGAGGCAUAUCACCGCCUCCUAUCACAUCGCGCAAGUUACCCAUUCGCUCCAUGUCACACCUACGCCAUGGAUGGCCGUGCCAGAUGUCUUUCAACCCUUCAAAUCCAGAUUGCUAGCAAAUACAGUUAUAUCCUAGGGCACCUGGACCCCAACGCUAGUAUCCUGUGGCACAACAUGUGUAUGAAUCUCACAGCAGAUAUCCAAAUCUUUGAACUGGCUGCAGGCCGUGCAGGUCCAGGCCCAGCGCGGAAAGCCCUCGAUGAUAUUGCUGCUUGGUCGCAAACACCAGCCGCCCGGAGGGCUUGUCUCCACGCAGCCCACGUGUACAAAAUUAUGAUCCAUCGCAAAGCAUCGGAUCACAUUACGUUUCAUUCAGUCUUUUCACUCUUUUCCGCAGCUCUCGUCUUGGGUCUGUACAUAUACAUGGUGCCCAAUAGCACUGAGCCACAAACUGGAGGCACUCCAAUCGACAUCCUGGAUGAUAUAGACUGGAAUGGUCUGUGUGGCGAGGGGUUCACCAGCUUUAUGGAGCCUAAUGGGGCUCAAUCGUGUACAGAAUCGGAUGAGGCAGCGGUGAAUUUCAUUCGAAAAGGGGGCACGGUGUAUUUCCGUGGAGUCCCUUUUCAGAGCGGCUAUCACUCGGCGCGACGAAUUUUGCUGGACUAUGCGGGCCUAUUGAAGGAUACUGGGAAAUGGAGCGUUCGCAAAUUUUCCCACGUGCUCUAUAUAAUGAGCGACGUCCUGAUGGAUAUGGAUUGA